AAUAAAAAAAAAAAUUGGAUAAUAAAAAAACUAAAACAGUUUUUCAUUGCCGCCUUCCUGACUGUUGCUAUCGCCGCUCCCAAAGGCAAAAGGGAAACCGAAGAGUCGCCAAUCGUCGUCAAUAGCCAGUCUGAUGUCCGGAAUCCUGAUGGAAGCAGCCAAUGGAGCUACACAGAAUCUGAUGACACUACCCGAGAGGAGACUCAGGUCCAGAAGAAGACAAAAUCAAUCUCUACCGACUCGUAUGGCAAGCCAACGGUUAAUGAAGAGAUUGGCAACACCAACAAGGGAUCGUCCUACUGGAUCUCUCCUGAAGGCCAGAAGAUCUCUUUGACCUGGGUUGCUGACGAAGGUGGAUUCCAGCCAAAAGGUGAUCACUUACCGGUUGCACCAGUUCAUGUUUUCACGCUGCCCGUUGCCCCCGCACUUCCCUAUCAGCGCACUGGACUCGGAUAUUAAGUAA